AUGCGUGACAUCACUAUUUCAACAACAAAUGGAUUAGACAAUCUCGAAGCUAAAGUAUCAAGCACUACAACUAAUGAUGAUGAAGAUGUAAAUUUAUUUGAAAACUAUAUCGAAACACCUUCGAGUGAACAUGUCAAAUCUAUCGAAGAAGAUGAACCACUCUUGCGUGAAAAUCCAUCCCGUUACGUUCUAUUUCCAAUCAAGUAUCAUGAUAUAUGGAAAUUUUACAAACGUGCGCUAGCAUCUAUAUGGACAUGCGAAGAAGUUGACUUAGCUAAUGAUAUGAAAGAUUGGCUACGUUUAACGCCCGACGAACAAUACUUUAUAAAACAUGUCUUAGCUUUCUUUGCUGCAAGCGAUGGUAUUGUUGGUGAAAAUCUAGUCGAAAAGUUUUCGGGUGAAGUUCAAGUACCCGAAGCUCGGUGUUUCUAUGGAUUUCAAAUUGCUAUUGAAAACAUUCAUUCAGAAAUGUAUAGUUUACUUAUUGAUACAUACAUCAAAGAUCCACGUGAACGCGAUAUAUUGUUCAAUGCCAUUGCAACAUUACCUUAUGUCAAAAAGAAAGCCGAUUGGGCUAUUCGUUGGAUGAAUGAUAAAAUCCCAUUUGCUGAACGUCUAGUUGCAUUUGCUUGUGUCGAGGGUAUCUUCUUCAGUGGUUCAUUCGCUUCCAUUUUCUGGCUACGUGAACGUGGUGUGAUGCCCGGUUUAACAUUCAGCAACGAAUUAAUUAGCCGAGAUGAGGGUUUACACACUGAUUUUGCUUGUCUACUCUUUGAACAUAUGGUUCAUAAGCCCAGUGUUGCACGCAUCGAAGAAAUUCUUCGUGAUGCUGUAAAUAUUGAAAUUGAAUUUCUUACCGAUGCGUUACCAUGCUCCCUAAUCGGAAUGAAUGCACCAGCGAUGGCGCAAUACAUCAAGUUCGUUGCUGACCGUCUUCUUGUUGAACUCGGUUGCUCCAAAAUUUAUCAUUGUGACUGCCCAUUUGAUUUUAUGAAUAAUAUCUCAAUUACAGGUAAAACCAAUUUCUUUGAAAAACGUGUCGGUGACUAUCAACGAGCUGGUGUGAUGGCUGCAAUGACUGAACAUAAGUUAACCCUUGAUGCUGAUUUUUAA